AUGAAGGAUCUGGAAAAGCACUAUUCGGCUAUGUCCAAGCUCUACUAUGUCAUUGGAGGACAUGAUGGUGAUGAUACACUAAAGUAUACCUUCAUCACCUCUCUACCAGAUGAGAUACAACCUGAGGUUAACAAUAUGAUUACAAAGAGGCCAGUCACCUCUAUUACACUUGGAGAAAUCUGGCAAUUCACACUCUCUUCCAUUAAGAGACUGUGUGAUCAACAGGAAUUAUUCAAAAGGUUGUCUCAAAGGGACUUGAUUGUCCAAAAGGCUUGCAACAAAAACCACCUAAAGAUCAAGUGCAAAGCCGCCAACUGCGUCUGUACAAAUCACAAGAAGAAAUCUGGACAUCAUUUCCAGAAAUACACGCGCAGCAACAAAAAGUUCAAGGAAAAGAACCCAAAGAAAUUCAAAUACUUCCGUAAAAAACGGAACCAGGGGUACAAGUCUGACAGAUGUUUCAUCUGCAAAAGGAAGGGACAUUAUGCAAAAAAUUGUCCCAGGAAUCCAGAAAAGGCAGCAAAGAUGAUACAACAAGUUAGCAUGUCCUUAUCUCUUGCAGACUCUUUUGAAGAGGAAAUAGAGUCCCUACUUUCAGAGCAAGAAGAUCUUACCCCAGAAAGCUUAUUUGGGUUAGAAAUGGAGUUCUCAGACUCAUGA